UUACUCUUAAACGACGGUACGGGUACCUGGGAAAGUAGCAUCUAUCUUCGAACAACAUGGCUGACACAGGAACGGAAGAACAACAAGUUGGCGAACAAAAUGGUGAUCAAAUUCCUGAAUCACAACAGCAGAUAGAAUCAACUGCGUCCACUCCUGCCAAACCCGGGGACAGUAUAUUUGCUUCGAAAAGCGAAGAUGAUCCUGCGAAAAUCUUUGUCGGAGGUUUGAACAGCUGUACUAAUAAUGAAACACUGAGAGUUUACUUCUCUACAUUCGGGACAGUCAAAGACGUGAAUGUGAAAUAUACACAGGAUAGGAUGGGAAACCUAAGAGACACAGCCGAACAAAUGCGGUCGAGGGGUUUCGGAUUUGUCCUUUUUGAAAGUUCAGCAGCUGUCGAAAGUGUAUUGUCGCAAGAACACACGGUAGAUGGAAAAGUGAUCGAGGUUAAGAAAGCAGUGAAACAGGGACAGGCAAGAUCUAAGAAAUUGUUUGUCGGUGGAAUUUCCAACGGUAUAUCUGAAGAGAUCCUUGAAGCGUAUUUCUCAGCAUUUGGAAAAAUCUUGCAAACCAAAAUCUUUGUUGACCGUGUGACGCAGAAGCGACGCGGUUUCGCCUUCAUCCAGUUUGAGAAUGAUUCAACGGUGGACACAGUUGCAGAGGAAAAGUUUCACGAAUUGACGGACGGAACGGAGACGUGUAAAGUAGAAGUCAAACCAGUAAAUCAGACAAAUGAUAGGUUUGGUCGUGGAGGAUUCAGGGGUAGAGGAGGAUUCCGAGGAGACUUCAGGGGAGGAUUUGGACGAGGAGGUGGUGGUGGUGGUUUCCGUGGCAACCAUCAAGGAAGAGGCAACUACCAAGGUGGAGGUCAAUAUAACCAAUGGGAUGGCUACAAUCAAGGUGGACAAGGAGGCGGAUAUAACAACCAAGGAGGAUACGAUCAGAGUCAAUACUACCAAGGUUACGAUCAGUCUGGUGGCUAUAAUCAAGGAUAUGAACAACAGUAUCAGGGCUACAACUACAACAACUAUGGACAGAACUACGGUAGUCAGGAUGCAUCUGCGGGUCAGUAUUCAGCUAAUGGAACUGGUUACCAAGCUGGGUACCAGACUGGUGGUUAUGAUGCAACCAGCUACCCAGCCCAACAACAGUAUAACUAUGGCACAAAUUACGGACAGGAGGCGUCCAGUUACGGUAAAGCAGCUACUGGAGGUUAUCAACACACUGCUGGCCAGCCCUACUGAGAAAACUAUUAAAGAGUCAUCAGCCCUGUCGACAUGGAAUCAGUGACUUGGAGAGCAGCUUUAAUGGAGGGAUGAUGAUCGCAUUUUACUUUGGACAACCUUGAAAUAAUGAAGGGAUUCUUCACAAUGCUGGGUUUCUUAAAUCUUGCCCUGACUGGUAGUAGCUUUAACCUUUCAGCUAGACGGGCUGUGACAUGCAUAUUCAUGGGCUGUAACAUGCAUAUUCAUGAGUUUGCUGAUAGAUAUUUCAAUUUCUCACUAAUGGAAGAACAAUUCCACCACUAGGUACAGACUACUCUGUACCCCUUCUCACUAGCUAUUCAUUGUUUGCUUUCUUCCUGUUUUCACCUUUUAUGAUUCACCAUUCAUCCUUUAGUUAGUGUAAUGUGACUCAUUGCUUUGGUAUCGUUGUACUGUAGUCACUUUCAUUCUAUGCCUGUGUACUCCACCUGUUUGACUAGAUACAGACUUCAAAUUUCCAAAUUCCACUUUUAGUAAAGACAAUUUUAAAGCAGUUUUUGUAUUUCAUACAUUUUGAAAAUAACGACAACAUAGAAAACACCUAUUUUUUUUAAAGAAAAAACAAUGUCAUCCCAUCCCAAAACCUUUCUCUAAAUGAUUGAUUUUUAAGUGUUGGUAAGGAGUGAAAUAUUUCUGAGCAAACUUUGUAUAUGCCUGUGCAUGCCUCAUGCUGCAGUGUUGUUCCACAGAGGACUUUACGGCCGUCUUUAAAAAUUUGGUGGAUCAAGUUAAUCACACACUUUAAUAUCAGUCAGAUGCCAACUUGUUUGGCUUUACUAUGGAAGCUGCCAACUACAUGUACAUGUAUCUUAUAACAGGUUUGAUAUUUGACUUGAGAGUCAUUUGGAAAAGCUGUUUUCAUUUAUCGUUCAAAUCAAAUCAAUUUAACAGAAAGACAAAUAUCUUAGAGAACAUACUUUGAAGUGACAUUGACAUGUGUCAAAAACUCUUGAGCUUUGGGUUUUCUGCUGAACUUAUCGUAUAUCACCUUUGAGUGAAGACAUUGUUGGAUUCAGUUUAUCCACCAAAGCCAAUGAAAAGGUUGACUUGAUUUUUAAAAAGGACUUCUUCAGGAUUUCAACAUGGUUUCUCAGAAUACAAGAAUAAAAUCCAUGCUGUGAUAUUAAAGGAAUAGUGGUGUCUGUUUUUCUGCAAGGAAAAGUUACUUUUUAGUUGUUAUAAAGGGGAAAACCCAAAGCAAAUACCAUGUUAUUAUUUGAAGAAGUCCACUUAUGUUUAUUCUUAUAAUUGUGUAGAUAUUUAUACGUGUGAAGUCUGACCACCAGAGAUUUAAUAUGAUUGAUCUUGGAGUAAAUUACAAUGAAAUGUAUUACCAGUCAAUGGAAGACAUGUUGCGAGCCUAAUUUUUGAAUUGAGAGUUUGUUGAACUUCGAGAUCAUAUCUUGACUUAUUAGGUAACUCUGUGUGUGUAUCUUUUGUGGUUCAGACUUAACAUUUAUCCGUCUUCUGUUUUGUAUGCACUUGAGUUUGUGGUUCUCAGUGAAAAAAAAAGUCCUUUUGUUUGAUCCUUUUAGUGUAAUUCGGUUGUUUAUUAUGGGAUGAUUUUUAAAAGGUUGUGAAUGGUUUAAAGUUAAUAAAAUGAGCAUUCCUUAUGCAGUAAAUUU